AAAAUCCCUAGAAAAGGAAAACCGCACUUUCUCGUUUCGUAUUCAACUUCUCACUCUUCCUCAACUCCACGGCGUAGAUCCGAGGAGUUUUGGGAUAACGUCAAAAGCCCUAAAGCUCUCACUUUCUUUUCUCUCAGAUCCUCGUGUGUGAUAUCAGUUUUUGCAAUCAUGGCUGGAAUGGCUCCUGAAGGCUCUCAAUUUGAUGCUCGUCACUAUGAUGCUAAGAUGACUGAGCUACUUGGAACUGAUGGUGGUGAAGAAUUCUUCACUAGUUAUGAUGAGGUUUACGAUAGCUUUGAUGCCAUGGGCUUGCAGGAGAAUCUACUUAGGGGCAUCUAUGCCUACGGUUUUGAGAAGCCCUCUGCGAUCCAGCAAAGAGGGAUUGUUCCUUUCUGCAAGGGGCUGGAUGUGAUUCAGCAAGCUCAAUCUGGGACUGGAAAAACUGCAACCUUCUGCUCUGGGAUUCUGCAGCAGCUGGACUACGAUGUGGUUGAAUGCCAGGCUUUAGUUCUGGCACCCACUCGUGAGCUUGCUCAGCAAAUCGAGAAGGUCAUGAGAGCACUAGGUGAUUAUCUUGGCGUUAAGGUUCAUGCUUGUGUUGGAGGUACCAGUGUUCGUGAAGAUCAGCGUAUUCUCUCUAGUGGAGUUCAUGUUGUUGUCGGCACUCCUGGUCGUGUUUUUGACAUGCUGAGAAGGCAGUCACUGCGCCCUGAUUACAUUAAGAUGUUUGUUUUGGAUGAAGCUGAUGAAAUGCUUUCCCGGGGUUUCAAGGACCAGAUAUAUGAUAUCUUCCAGUUGCUGCCACCUAAGAUUCAAGUUGGUGUGUUCUCUGCAACCAUGCCCCCAGAGGCCCUUGAAAUCACAAGGAAGUUUAUGAACAAGCCUGUCCGCAUUCUUGUGAAACGUGACGAGCUAACACUCGAGGGUAUCAAGCAGUUUUAUGUCAAUGUUGACAAAGAGGAGUGGAAACUUGAAACCCUGUGUGAUCUGUAUGAGACCUUGGCUAUCACUCAGAGCGUCAUCUUCGUUAACACUAGGCGUAAGGUGGACUGGCUCACUGACAAGAUGCGCAGCCGAGAUCAUACUGUCUCUGCCACCCACGGUGACAUGGACCAGAACACUAGAGAUAUCAUCAUGAGAGAAUUCAGAUCUGGUUCUUCCCGAGUCCUCAUCACCACUGAUCUGCUGGCCCGUGGUAUUGAUGUCCAGCAAGUCUCUCUUGUCAUCAACUAUGAUUUGCCGACUCAACCUGAGAACUACCUGCAUCGUAUUGGACGAAGUGGGCGAUUUGGAAGGAAGGGUGUGGCCAUAAACUUUGUUACCAAAGAUGACGAACGAAUGCUUUUUGACAUCCAGAAGUUCUACAAUGUUGUAGUUGAGGAGCUGCCGGCGAAUGUUGCCGACCUCCUGUAAGCAGUUUUUGAGGCCCAGAGGUUAAUUCUCCUUGUUUUAAGUAAGUUACAAUCUUAUUUCGUAGGCUAGUUUAUACUAUAUGUUACAGUCUUAAGUUCAAACUACUGUUUCACAAAUUUUUUGGUUUUUGCUCUGUAUUUUAAUGUCUAUAUAACUCCAGUUUGUAUGAUGAUGUGGUUUGGUGAGUCUUUGGAGUUUAUUGGGAUUGUGAGGUUGUGUUGUUUAUUUUGGGGCCAUCCUUUUGCUGUAUAAACAGAUGACCUCAUCUUGUUCA